AUGGACUUUGUGACUGGCUUACCGGGUAUCAAAAGAUUUGAUAUUUGGAGGAAGUUGAGCCCUUGUUACAUUGGUUCCUACACGAUUGUGGAGCGCAUUGGGAAGUUGGCAUAUCUAUUGAAGUUGCCUAGCGAGUUGGCUGAUGAGACAAAAGUGCUUCAACUUGAUAAGCUAAAGUUAGAGAAUGACUUGAGCUGUGACGAGAAAACUAUUCGGAUCUUGGACAAGAGUGUUAAAGCCUUAAGGAAUAGAAAUGUGCAUUUGAUGAAAGUGUUAUGCAUCGACAUGGAGUCGAGGAAACCACGUGGGAAGAGGAGUCGUUGA